CCGCACUUCCAGGCGGCGCCGGCGGGGGCGAUCGGGCCUGGGCCCCGGCGCUGUGGCCUCGGGCUCCCGCCUUCGGGAAGCGGUUGCGGCCGCCGCCGCCGCCGCCGCAGGACCGGCCGGAGUCGGGCCGGAGCUGCGUCUCCCGUAGCGAACCGGUGAGAGCGGGCGGCCGGCCUCGGCGGCGGCGUCCCCGCGGCCUGCCACGCGCCCGCCUUCGGGCCGUCGCGCCGCCGCCGCGAUGGGGGCCGCCCGGGGCCGCUCCAACGUUCCGUCCCGUCCGCCGUGCCGCAGCCGCGCGCCGGGGUUGGAACAUCAUCAAACUCUCCCCCAUUCUACCAGAAGAGGGCAGCAAAGCAAACCAAGAGGAAAUUUACUGGUCAAAUGCAAGAAAUGCACUCAAGAAAAUUCAGAAAGCUAAUAGCCCCAAAGCUUUCUCGGGGUGGCUUCCUUGUUUUAAAGUGUUCAUGAAGGCCUUACUACAAGUGCCUCCCUUUGCAAGAGGCAUGAACAAAUCUUAAGGCAUCAAUAUACCCUCCUGCAGCCUCUGGCUUAUCUGAUAUAAAGUAUUAACCUUGCUGAAUGUUUACCCAUGUGCCAGACACUCUGCUAAUCUCUGACCACAUAUUAGCUUACUUAAUCUUCACAAAAACCUUGCUAGCACUGUUGAACAGAUGACCCUGAGGAGUACAGACUUCAGGUAAACGUCGUGUGGGGCAGAAGUCAGAAGCUGGAAGCUUCCCAACUUGGCCAUCUUUCACUUUACAGUUAAUGUGAUCAGCUGCUGUAGCAGGUCGGAAAUUCUGGCCACAGUGUUUUGCAGCUCCUCCCACGGAAGUGGAGCCUGUUUUCCCACCUCUAGUAUCUGGGCUGGCCCUGUGCCUUGCUUUCACCAACUAAUAAAAUGCUCAGAUGUGUUUUCUGUUUCUAGGCCUUAAUAAGAGGCCAGGCUACUUCAGACUGAGGCCCCACUGGCAUGGGAAGCAGCUGAGGCUAAGCCACAGGCCCAUGAGAGUGAAGGGAGACGAUGUGGAGAGCAAGCCAGCACCGUGCAGAGAGGAGCAUCCAGCUGAGCCCUCCUCAUCUCCAGAACUAUAAAAUCAAAGACAAAAUUAAAGAGAGAGAUAAAGAAAAAGAGAGAGAUAAAAAGAAGCAUAAUGUAAUGAGUGAGAUUAAGAAAGAAAAUGGAGAAGUAAAGAUUUUGCUGAAAAGUGGGAAGGAGAAACCAAAAACAAAUAUAGAAGACUUACAAAUUAAGAAGGUCAAGAAGAAAAAGAAAAAGAAACACAAAGAGAAUGAAAAACGGAAGCGUCCAAAAAUGUACAGCAAAUCUAUUCAAACUAUAUGCUCAGGAUUGUUAUCUGAUGUUGAAGAUCAAGAAGCCAAAGGCAUCCUAAGUGAUAACAUACAGGAUUACAGUGGAAAGAACUUGGAUACCAAGAGCUAUGAUUCCAAAAUUCCAGAGAACAGUGAGUUUCCAUUUGUCUCAUUAAAGGAGCCACGGGUUCAGAAUAACCUCAAAAGGCUGGACACUUUGGAGUUCAAAAAGCUCAUUCAUAUUGAGCACCAGCCCAAUGGAGGUGCAUCAGUUAUCCAUGCCUACAGUAAUGAACUCUCCCACCUGUCUCCCAUGGAGAAGGAGAGAUUUGCAGAAGAAUUUGUGGGUCUGGUGUUCAGUGAAAAUGAAAACGCUGCUGCUUUCUAUGUAAUGGGUAUUGUUCAUGGGGCAGCUACUUAUUUACCUGACUUUCUAGACUACUUUUCAUUUAAUUUUCCCAAUUCGCCUGUGAAAAUGGAGAUAUUGGGAAAGAAGGAUAUAGAGACAACAACUAUGUCCAAUUUUCAUGCUCAGGUAAAAAGAACGUAUUCUCACGGUACUUACAGAGCUGGCCCAAUGCGACAAAUCAGCUUGGUGGGAGCAGUUGAUGAAGAAGUGGGAGAUUACUUCCCUGAGUUCCUUGACAUGUUGGAAGAGUCACCAUUUUUAAAAUGUACACUGCCAUGGGGGACACUAUCUAGUCUAAAAUUAGAAAGUCGAAAAGAUAGUGAUGAUGGUCCCAUCAUGUGGGUACGCCCAGGAGAACAAAUGAUCCCUGUGGCUGAUAUGCCAAAGUCACCUUUCAAAAGGAAAAGAACUACCAAUGAAAUAAAAAACCUGCAAUACCUACCUCGAACUAGUGAGCCCCGUGAGAUGCUCUUUGAAGACAGGACAAGAGCCCAUGCAGAUCAUAUUGGACAAGGUUUUGAACGACAGACGACAGCUGCUGUUGGAGUGUUGAAGGCUGUGCACUGCGGAGAGUGGCCUGACCAACCCCGAAUAACCAAAGAUGUAAUUUGUUUUCAUGCUGAAGAUUUCUUAGAAGUAGUUCAACGAAUGCAGUUAGAUUUACAUGAACCUCCACUGUCCCAGUGUGUCCAAUGGGUGGAUGAUGCAAAACUUAAUCAGCUGAGGAGGGAAGGCAUUCGCUAUGCCAGGAUUCAGCUGUAUGAUAAUGACAUUUAUUUUAUUCCAAGGAAUGUUGUUCAUCAGUUCAAGACAGUUUCCGCUGUAUGUAGUUUAGCAUGGCAUGUUCGGCUGAAGUUAUAUCACUCAGAGGAGGACACUGCUCAGAAUAUAGCUGCUCAUGAAACAGGCACAUCACCAGAUUCCAUGUCAUCUGUUCUUGGACCUCAUACUGGCAGUAUGGUUUGUGCUGUUAGCAAAACCUCCUUGGAUUCUAUUUUUUCAGACAAACUUCAUUCUAAAUAUGAAUUACAGCAGAUUAAACACGAACCUGUUCCAUCUGUAAGAAUCAAGGAAGAACCUGUGAAUGUUUAUAUUCCUGAAAAGACUAGAGCACCAAAUAUGGAUGGCCAGAAUGUUAAAGCAAAAUUGGAUCAUGUUCAAUUUACAGAAUUUAAGAUUAACCUGGACUCUAAAUUUGAAAAUAGCAACAAAGAUUUAAAGGAAGAAUUAUGUUCUGGAAGUCUCAUAAGUCUAGUUGAUACAAGGCAACAUAGUUCAGCGCAUUCAAAUCAAGAUAGAAAAGAUGAUGAUAUUUUGUGCUAAAUUUGUACAUACCAUCUAAAAUUCUUUUUUUAAAAACCUAAUAAUGUAAUAAAGGUUCAUAAUUCUGAAAGCAA